AUGCCCAUUGACGAUAUAGAUAGCAGAUUGUCGCAUGAUGGUCAACCAGAACCUGCCCCGUCCAAGACUAACGAAAAAGUCCCCAAUACCUGUCUCGAUGGAGACCGUCCUGAUGACGAAGAAUCAGGUUUUGACCAGAAUCGAUCGAAAGAACUUUCCAAAUCCACCACCAACGGCAGUCAUGCUGGGGCGUUGGCAGCUAGAACAUUAUCUCUCGUCCGCACCAGAGAAUCUAGAAAAGAUAUAGGCCCUGCCCCCGACGGUGGUUUCGCAGCUUGGUCACAAGUAGGCCUAGGACAUUUCGUUAUUUUCAACACCUGGGGGUACAUCAACAGCUUUGGAGUCUUCCAAACGUAUUACACCGAAACCUUGGGACGUUCUCCGUCCGACAUAUCAUGGGUGGGAAGUAUCCAGAUUUUCCUCCUGUUCUUCAUCGGCACCUUUUCCGGCCGUGCGACGGAUGCAGGAUACUUCAAAGUUACCUUGACAGCGGGGGCUUUACUGGAGGUGUUUAGCAUCUUCAUGACCUCACUCUGCACUGAGUACUGGCAGUUGUUCCUGGCCCAAGGCAUCGGGCAAGGCAUCGGCUGCGGGCUCAUGUUUUGCCCUACUGUUGCGCUUAUUGCCACUUACUUUACCACCCGGCGUUCGAUCGCCAUAGGGAUCGUGGCGUCUGGGUCGGCAACGGGGGGCCUUGUUUUCCCCGCUGUCGUCAUGCGCCUAUUACCCCAGAUUGGAUACGGAUGGACAGUGCGGAUCCUGGGGUUCAUUUCCCUUGCCACGCUAAUCCCGUGCCUGAUCUUUCUGAAACAAAGACUGCCGCCCCGGCGGAGUGGCCCCCUGGUGGAAUGGGCGGCCUUCAUGGAGCUGCCUUAUGCGCUUUUUGCCGUCGGGAUGUUUCUGAAUUUCUGGGGCCUAUAUGUCGGCUUCUUCUACAUCGGCAGCUUCGGACGGGAUAUCAUCGGUCUGUCUCAGUCGACCGCGAUUGAUGUCCUGCUGGUCAUGAACGGCGUUGGACUACUCGGUCGACUUAUCCCCAACCUCCUGGCCGACUGGUAUUUUGGUCCGCUAAACAUGCUGAUCCCGUUCAGUCUGGUCACGGGAGUCGUUGCCUACUGCUGGGCGGCAGUGAACGACCAGGCGGGACUGUACAUAUUCAGCGUUUUCUAUGGCCUUGCGGCGGCUGGGAUUCAAUCUCUCUUCCCGGCCACUUUAAGCACUCUUACGACCGAUCUGAAGAAAGCCGGAGUACGGAUGGGCAUGGUGCUCAGUGUGGUGGCUGUCGCUGCUCUCAUUGGAUCCCCGAUUGCGGGAGCUCUGAUCCAAAGAGAGAACGGCCAGUAUCUAUAUGCUCAGAUGUUUAUGGGAAGUGCCAUCAUCGCGGGGACAUUGACCUUGUUCACCUCACGAGUGGCCAGGUUAGGACUGGUCUGGCAACGGGCGUGA